ACUGCCAAGUGCCAACAAACCAACCAACAAACCAACCAACAAACCAAACCGCCACCACCACCGCCACCUCCGCCGCGACCGCGACCGCGCCAGAAUCCAAUCCGACGAGACGACCCGCACGUGCGCCGCUCAAUCUCUCCUCCUCGUCGUCGUCCUCAUCUUCAUGGUCCCCCACCACCACCCGCCAGCCGUGCUCAUGCCGCGUCGUGCCGCCCAAAAACAUUUUCUCCCCGGAUCCCGCAGCGAAAGCGCCGCUGGCAAGAAAAGAAAUCCAUUUCUCGGAGCUCACUGCACAGUUGGCCGGGCGCAAGACUAGUUUAAUCCCCGGGGAGCAAGGUGGGGGCCGGCCUAGGUAAUGGCCUCGUGUGCUCCCUCCUCCCGCAGACCCUGCCCCGGGUUUGAAGGGUCGUCUUCCCCGCGCCGCCGCUCUCCUCCCUCCUCCUCCUCCUCCUCUUGCUGGCCCCGUCACGGCCUUCCCGGUGGAGUUGUUGCCGGGUUAGUUCUUGCCCGGGGUUUAAUUUAGGACCCUGCUCCUUGGGAAGCAGAGCCUGCGUCCAGGGCUCUUGGUUGGGCGGCGCUGCGGUGGCCGGAUUUGGUGACUUGAAGUUGGAAUUCCUCGGAAUAAAAAAGCUUGAAGUUGAAGAAAAAAGCUUCCAUUGUUUUUCUUGGACUUCAAAAAGCAAUGGCAUUCCCAGAUGAUGAUGAGAAGAUGAAGGGCUGUCGGCCGAAGAUUUUCGGGACGAAAGAUAAGAAAGCCGCAAAGAAGACAGACCAUCCAAGCCCCUCCACAGUUAAGUCUGCACCAAGCUCUUCCAAGCCACCAUCUUCUUCGCCCUUCAGAACACUUUCAGAAGUUAGGAGCAUACGUCUCAGCCAUUUCCUUGCCCGUUCUCCAAGUGCUAUAAAAACUGAAACUUUCAGGAUAUUUAUUUCUACAUGGAACGUCGGUGGAAACACACCUACCGCUACCUCUGAGUUGAACCUGGAUGACUUUAUUCCUGCUGAUGACCACUCGGAUAUUUAUGUUUUAGGUUUUCAGGAAAUUGUUCCUCUCAAUGCCGGCAAUGUGCUUGUGAUGGAAGACAAUGAACCAGCUGCAAGAUGGCUGGCUCUUAUACACCGCACGCUAAACCGACCAGCUAACGGGGAUGCUGAUAUCUUCCAGCACAAGCCAUCUCUAUCCCUUGAUUCAACCUCGUCUCAGUCUUCGUCAAACCUUGAUGCUUCUUCUUUCUCUAACCGCUCUAGUUCUGCAAUCUUCCAGUCCUCCUUAAAAUCUAUCAGGAAGCCUUACAUGCCUACUCACAGAAAACUGCUCAAACUCUGCAACUGCUCUGUAGAAAUGACCAGGAAAUCCUAUAAAGAUGCUUGCUUUGGAUGCCCACAAGGAUCCACUAAUGAGACUGACUCUUCGGAAGAAGAGGAAACAGAUGAAAGAUCGAAUAAAACUCAUGGUUAUGUGGUUGAUGGAGUGACUUCUACUUCUUCCUCUAGGGAUCAGCUAAAAUAUAACCUCGUUUCUUGCAAACGAAUGGUUGGUAUUUUUGUGACAGUAUGGGCAAAAAAGGAGCUAGUGCCACAUAUUGGUCAUGUGAGAACAUCAUGUAUAGGCCGUGGAGUAAUGGGCUAUCUUGGAAACAAGGGAUGUAUAUCAGUGAGCAUGACACUGCACCAGACAAGCUUUUGUUUCAUCUGUAGCCAUUUGGCUUCAGGUGAAAAAGAAGGCGAUGAGCUGCGUCGCAAUUCGGAUGUGUUAGAGAUCCUGAAGGUCACGCAGUUUCCAAGGAUUUGCAGAAGAGCUGGGCAACGAACCCCUGAGAAAAUUAUUGACCAUGACCGCGUGUUAUGGUUGGGGGAUCUGAACUACCGUAUUUCCUUGAGCUAUGAAGAUACCAAGAAACUUCUGACAGAAAAUAACUGGGAUGCCCUUUUUCAAAAAGAUCAACUUAACACUGAGCGCAAUUCUGGAAGGGUGUUCAAGGGUUGGAGCGAAGAGAAGAUAUAUUUUGCUCCCACGUACAAGUACACCUUUAACUCGGAUUCCUAUUCUGGAGAAACUGUAACCUCGAAGAAAAAGAGGAGAACCCCAGCCUGGUGUGAUAGAAUACUGUGGCAUGGAGAUGGUAUUGCGCAGUUAUCCUACUUCCGCGGGGAGUCUAAAUUUUCUGAUCAUCGCCCUGUCUGUGGAUCAUUUAACGUGGUGGUAGAUAAACUAGACAACAAAUCAAAGAGGCGCACGCCUAAUACUAACAUCAGAAUUGGUGCUGAAGAGCUCUUACCAACAAGAACGAACAAGGUUAAUAAAGGUGCUGGGACCAAAAUCACAAAAUAAAUCGGUUCAUAUGAUGAGACUCAUGGAGUAAGGUGCGGACCAAAUUAAUGUGCGACAAAGAGAAAGGAGAUUGUUAUGUUGUACAGUAAAUGUAAUCACAUAUAGUUUUCAAAGGGAAGUGAGUAGGUUACAUACUUCAGGAAUUUCUGGGAAGAUUUUGUGUUUGUUUGUUCGGGUAGAACAGGUAAGCUUAUGCACAUUUUUGCAUGUUGUCUCUUGUAAACCACUGUAGUUGUAGAUGGGGAGGUUCAAGUUUGUCUGGAACGAAAUUGUACUGAAACAAGACAUGCAACAAAAUGUAUAUGAAUGUCAUUUUGAUUUCCA